CGAAGACGAGCAUCGAAGAAUCGACGUCCAAGCAAAGGGCUGUGAGCGAGCCGGGGCACUGGCCCCUGUGCCCUCUGCCGUCCUUAUGAAGACCCCUUCCCCUGAUCGCCACGACCUCGUGCCCCAUUCUUCCCCUCCAAAUCCCUUAUCCAGCACAUCUCCCCCACUGAAUCGUCCGAGUCCGUCACACGUCCUACGACACUCGUUCCAGGCGAGCUUCAACGUACGUUGCUAAGUCAGAUAGACACAUACCCACAUUCCUUGCUACCCUUUGCCACAAUGGCCAACAUGAAGAACAAGCGCUCCCUCCUGGCUCUCGUAGCCCUCGCCCUCUGCAGUGCCAUCCUCCUCUGCACCACCCCAGCAAGCGCUUCACCCCGCUCGCACCUCGCCACCUCGAAGCACUCGGCUGAAUUUGCUCAGCAGGUCAGGGAUGGACAGGAGAAGAGACUCGUUGGUGAGCUGCCCAUCGUGGGUGACUUGACCAAGGAGCUGCCUAUUCCCAUGAAGAGGGAGCAGAACAAGCGUCUUGUAGGCGACCUCCCAAUCGUCGGCGACCUCACAAAGGACCUGCCAGUGCCCCUCAAGAGGGAGGAGAAGCGUCUCGUCGGUGAUCUCCCCGUCGUUGGUGACCUCACCAAGGAGCUUCCUGUUCCCCUCAAGCGCGGAGAGAAGCGCCUUGUCGGUGGUUUACCUGUCGUGGGCGACCUGACCAAGGACCUUCCCAUCCCCCUCAAGAGGCAGCAAGAGAAGCGCCUCGUUGGCGACCUCCUUGGCGGCACCUCCUCAGAGAAGAACACUCCUCUUGUCGAUGCCCUCGUUGGCGACCACCUCGACCUCAACGCCCUCACUGCCCGUGACGAUGACGAUGACGAGGAUGACGAGCCUCUUAUCGACGCUCUAGUCGCCGACCAUCUCAACCUCAACGCUCUGACCGCCCGUGAUGGCGACGACGAUGACGAGUCUCUGAUCGACGGACUGAUUGGUGACAAGCUGAACCUCAACGCCUUGACUGCUCGAGACGAUGAGGACGAAGAGGAUGAGCCUCUCAUUGACGCUCUCGUCGGCGAUCAUCUCAACCUCAACGCUCUCACCGCUCGUGAUGACGAAGAAGAUGACGACGAGUCACUCAUCGACACGCUCGUCGGCGACAAGCUCAACCUCAACGCCCUGACCGCCCGAACCGACUCUGAGGACAAGCCUUUGAUUGAUGCCAUCGUCGGUGACCAUCUCAAUCUCAACGCCCUGACCGCCCGAAGCGACUCUGAGGACAAACCUUUGAUUGAUGCCAUCGUUGGUGACCAUCUCAACCUUAACGUCCUGACCGACAGCCACGAAAAACGACUGAUUGGCAACGCGCUCGACUCUCUGCCCCUCGUCGGUGGAAAGAGCAAGGCCACUGACAGCAAGGCCUCCAAUACCACUGCCGACGGUGUCGCACCUGCUUCCACUGCUUCAGCCCCCGUCGCCGGCAAGGGUGUCGCUGGUCUGCUCCCCAUCAGGCGCAGUGGCAUGCUCGGUAGCCUAACCGACUCGCUCCCUACCAAGUCCGUGCCCAUCGUUGGUGGUCUUCUCCCAGUCAGGAGGGCAUCCGACUACGCAGAAUACGACACCCUAUCCGAGCGCGACACCAUUGACCUUGCAGCCUCCAGUGGCGCAGAGAAGCGAUCGCAGCACAUGGGCGGCGGAAAGCUCACAUGGUUCGCUGGUCACGAGAUGGACGCUCCUGCCUGCGGUGGUCCCAAGCCCAACGACGGCUCUUUCAUUGUCGCCGUCAACGAGAAGCUCAAGGGACACUGCGGCAAGACUGUGCGCCUAAGCCACGGCGGCAAGACUCUGAAUGCCAAGGUCGUCGACUGGUGUGGAAACUGCCCAAUCCGUCAUCUGGACGCUAGCAAGGCCGUCUUUGGCUACUUUGCCGACCUUAGUCAAGGAGAGGUGCACGGCAUGGACUUCACCUUUGUAGGCGACGAUGACCCGGAGGCUCACAAGCUUGGCCCCCUCGACGUCAGCGUCCAGGUGCACCACCACCACUCGUAAUGAGUCGAGUUCGAGCCCUCUUUUUCUUUGUGAUGCUAUGAUAGCUACCUUCUUUAUCCAGCUCUUGUCCUUUCAUUAGCUUCUGAUACCCUCCAUCCACCUCGACCUCAGGUAGGUCGAAAGCAUCUCUUUCCCCUGCGCUCCUGUCACAGCCCUCCUCGGAGCUGCUGAGACUGCCUCCUCUUCCCCGCCCUCUAUAAUCCACCUCGAGCUCGCUCGCCGUCGACACUUGUU